GGGGGAGGGGUGCCCAGCCCCGCUCCGGGAAAGCCUCACUCUGUCCACUCUGACACGGUGUCCUCCUGCCGGGACAGGGGACGCAGAGCCGAGGACAUUGCGGCCACCAAGACAGAAGCCCCCAUACCCAGCUCCCUCCCCAGGAUGGAUGUGGGGCUCCCCCUUGGGCUCCACCUGCUGCUGCUCCUGCUGGCGGUGCCCCUCAGGGGCCAGACCAGCCCAGGCUGCUACGGGAUCCCAGGGAUACCAGGCCUGCCGGGGACACCUGGCAAGGACGGUCACGAUGGGCUGCAGGGGCCCAAGGGUGAGCCAGGAAUCCCAGCCAUCCCCGGGACCCGAGGGCCCAAGGGGCAGAAGGGAGAUCCCGGCACGCCUGGCCAUCCUGGGAAAAAUGGCCCCAUGGGAGCCCCUGGGAUGCCAGGAAGCCCAGGGAUCGGGGGCCCCCCCGGGCUGCCAGGUGAUGGGGGCAGAUACAAGCAGAAGCACCAGUCGGUGUUCACAGUCACUCGGCAGACAGAACAACAUCCGGCAGCCAACGGCCUCGUCAGGUUUAACGCAGUCAUCACCAACCCACAGGAGGAUUAUGAUAGGGCUACAGGCAAGUUCACCUGCAAAGUGCCCGGCCUCUACUACUUCGUCUACCACACCUCGAUGACCGACAACCUGUGCGUGCAGCUGUACCGCAGCGGCGUCAGGGUGACCACGUUCUGCGAGCACAUGUCGCAGGGCAGCAAGCAGGGCAGCAAGCAGGUCACCUCGGGCGGCGCGCUAGUGCAGCUCCGGGAGGGGGAGCAGGUGUGGCUGGCCGUCAAUGACUACAAUGGCAUGGUGGGCACCCAGGGCUCCGACAGCGUCUUCUCGGGCUUCCUGCUCUUCCCUGACUAGGGUGGGCAGCCUGCUGCAGCCCCAGGGCUGCCCCGCCUCCCUCGGCUUCCCACACCCUCGCUCAGCCCUUCUCCCCACCUGAUGGACUCCUCCUCCAGGAAGCCCACCCUGACUUCUUGCCCCUCAAGUCCUCUCCCUGCUCUGCGCUCCUUCUGGAGUCAGUCACUGUUGCACCGUCCCUGUGACGCUUAACCGAACACUUCUGGGACUAUUAUUCAUUUUUCUCAAGUUCGGAAAGAGGCGGGAAGAUAUAUGAAUAAAUAGCUAGUUCAAUACA